ACAGCAGCAGGGUGGUCGUCAUGGGAGGCGGCGGCGACGGAGACCCGGGUCGGUGCCUGCGGCGAGGUGACCAUCACAAUGAAGGAGCACGACCAGCACUACCCGUGCUCCGUGCGCGUACACGGCCAGGUGAUCGUGUCCCACGAGCCGCUCAGGAUUGGUGACAUCAGACCGAGGAGGGGCCGGUUCCAGCCCGAUCAGGACCUCCGCCUCGAGGACUUCGACCACCGGGUGGAGGUCGCUGACCCUGCACUCUUCCGGAGCUACGUGGCCUGCCGCGACCUCAUCCACGGCGUGCUCGCCGACGCGCCGGUGACCGGCGAGUACGACCUCGCCGCCGACAACUGGGAGGACUUCCUGCCCCAUGGCAUCGCCACCACCAUCGUCGCCAACGUCCGCCGUGAUGCAGAAGACGGUUGCGGCGUCGUCCCGGCCUACAUUUUCGACGUCGAGCUGAUCCUCUCGGUCAGGCUGAUCCACAGCGAGCCCAAGGCGCUGCUGCUGGCGUGCAAAGAAACCGAUGUCGAAGUUGCCGGCCAUGGCGAGCUCGGAGAGCGGUGUGCUAUCUGCAUGUUGGACGAGGGGAAAGACGAGGAGACCGUGAGGCUGCCGUGCUCCCACGUUUUCCACGGCCGGUGCAUCGAGCCGUGGUUCCACCGCGUGUCCACGUGCCCGACUUGCCGGAGUGAUGUUAUGGAGUGCUUCGGCUUUGUCACUUCGUCGUCGACCGGGUGUUCAUACACCACGUAGCAGAACCACUUUAAUCACAGUACUCUUUGGAUUUCUCAAUACUAUGUAUAGUAGUAUAUCUGUAAACUAAUACUAUAAGACAUUUUAGAUCAUUACAUUAGUGAUGUAAAAACAUUUUAUAUUAGUUUAUAGAGAAAUUACUUCUUAAAGUUAAACCUCGGCAUGUGAUGCACACA